GUGACCCCUGUCGACUUACCCUACGGGAACAUGUCCAGCAUAUCAAGACUGCUUUUUCUACCUCUCCGUUUUCCAUCAACACAUCCGUGAGACACAGACACACGCCAAAAUGAAGGCAGAACAGCAAUCCACUCUUCUCGAGCUGGCCAAUAAGGUCCAGCAAUUGACAAAUCAAAUUGUCAACGACUUGACCGAGAAGAAGAUACCAGAACCUUCCUUCGCCGCUAGCUCUGAUCCCAUCCCUGAAUCGUCAGAGUACAUUGAGCUACGCGAUCGUCUGAAUGAUUCCGCACGUGACUUGCUCCGUCUCGUCAACGGUCCCAGGAACGAUGCACGAACUUUUGUGUGCUACCUUUACGACUUGGCUUCCUGGCAGGUAGCAUGUGAGUUCAACUUCUUCGAGGCGAUUCCAGAAGAUGGCACAGCGACCAUAAAGGAGAUUUCGGAGAAAGCCGGCAUGGAUGAAGAUCGUGUUGGGCGUUUCUUGCGAAUGUUGACCACAGAUCGUGUCUUUGAAGAAGUGGAAAAGGACGUCUUUAAACAUACAUCCAGAAGUGUCAUCUACCUCAAGGACAAGCAAUGGAGAGAUGUGAUGAACUACCAGCUCGACGAGUUCUUCAAAGCAGCUGCCGAGACUUCCGACAGUAUCAGGGAGUCGCCUACUGUCGCUGAUGGCCAAAGGAACGCUUUCGUCACAAGACAUGGAAAGAGCCUUUUCGAAUUCUACAAGCAAGACCCCACGCGAUCAGUUCGUUUUGCCAGCGCGAUGGCCGGUGUCUCCAGACUCGAGAGACACUUUGAAAAUCUCAAGGAGAGUUUCCCUUGGGAUCAGAUCAGCGGCCGGAAGGUGAUUGAUGUUGGAGGUGGCAGUGGCCAUAUGAGCGUCUCACUCGCCAAGGCCUUUCCCAAUCUUGAGUUGAUUGUUCAAGAUUCUCUGAGCAUGCUUUCGUCGGCUUCGCAAAACGACUUUUCGCAACUCAAUGGCCGCGUGACUUUUAUGCCUCACGACUUCUUCACUCCUCAGCCAGUGACUGGUGCAGCCGCGUAUCUUUUACGUUACAUCACGCACAACUGGAAUGAUGCGGACUGCAUUCGUAUCUUCCGAGCACUGGUACCCGCACUGGAGAAAAGUCCCCCCGGCACUCCGGUGCUAAUCAACGACGUCGUGCUUCCAGCGCUUGGUGAGGCGUCGAGGUUCCACGACAAUCGCAUGCGUCAAGUCGAUAUUAUGAUGAUGUUGGUCCUGGGCGCCAAACAACGAACUGAGGAGCAGUUCCGGCGCCUUCUCUCUGAUGCCGAUGCCCGCUUCAAGAUCAGGGCUAUCCACGACAAGGGUAACAUGUCCCUUAUCGAGGCGUUUCUCGAUAUUGAUGGCAAGUCUGCUGAUGGGCAAGAGGAGAAGGCGGCUCUGGAAAGCACUAAACGCACCGGAGCUCGUAUGUGAGAAGAAAGCUGUGCAAGCUAGAUGGCAACCAAUCAAAAAUUUGCGGGCUGA